ACCACCGAGGAAGAAACCAUGCAGCGUAUUUGACCCUGAUGUCGGAACAACCGGCGCUGUUUUGAUUCCUGAGUUUGUUUUAAUAAAGUGUGUUUGUUGGAGGUGCUGAUGGUUAAACAUGGCCGAAUCUUCGUCAGAUUUUACAGAACGCGCUGCAGAACCGAGCCCGCCGGUGGUAGGGGCGGGUUACACCCCCACAGAGGAGGAGAGGAGAGUGUUUAAACAGUGCGACACGGAGAGCUUCUGGUACAGAUCGGUGCCGUUCUCAGUCGGUGGUAUGGCCCUCACUCAGCUCCUCAUCACUAAAGGCAAGCUGACGUCAUCGCCGCGCUUCGGCUCCCUGCCCAAAGUGUUGUUUGCCGGGAUGUGUGGUUACUUUGCAGGAAAGAUGUCGUACAUGAAGACGUGUCAGCAGAAGUUCUACAGUCUGGAGAAUUCACCGAUCGGAGACGCUCUGAGACAGAGACACCGACAUCAGCAGCGUCCACCACAGAGGUUCGCCGCUCCUCAGUCGGAGCUCAGUGAGGACGCGCCGUCGCCUCAGUUUGAAGCUUUUCAGUCUGAGAGUCUCUCCGAGUCGCCGUCUUCGCCUCCUGACUUCAGCUACAGCGACACCGCGCCCUUAACUCAACCCCUCAACCUCCACACACACGCGCUGCGUGACGAGGAGGAAGAGGAAGUGAAGAGGAAGCCCAUUCUUUACGAAGAUCUACGCAACAAGAACAGGGAGAACUACGACAUCACACGCAGUCAGAAAAUAGUCCGGGACACGCCCAAGAAGGACGUGAAGAAGAACAAAUACGGCGAUACGUGGGAGGAGUGAGGAGUCUUAGAGCGGACCUCUGUGCGGUGUGUUUGUAACGAAGCAGCUCGAAUGUGUGUGAACGCUUGCACAAGUGUGCUCCUGGAUUCAUAAUAAAAUCUUUAAAUACAA